CUUCAUUUUCUCUCCAAUUUCUUUCCUCUCAUUUUCUCUCCCCAUCCAAACAAAGGGUAAGAGCUCUUUUUUUCUUUCUUUCCAACUUUCCAAGAACUCUUAGCAAACACCCCUAUGCAUCUCCUUCGCACAUGCACUUUUCGCAUUUAAUUUAAAUGAAAAUUUAUGAAGUACACAAAAUUUCUGACUUUACUUCUUAUCAGAACAUAGGUCCUCAUUUUGAGGCAUGGAACACUGGCAUUCUUGGCCCGGUUUCUCUUUCUGGUCUUAACGAGGGGAAGAGAGAUUUAACCUGGCAGAAAUGGUCUUACAAGAUUGGCCUCAAAGGAGAAGAAAUGAGGCUUCACUCACUCACUGGGAGCUCCUCAAUUGAAUGGAUUCAAGGCGCUUUUGUGGUUCAAAAACAGCCACUCACAUGGUAUAAGACUACUUUCAAUGCUCCGCCGGAGAAUGAACCUCUGGCAUUGGAUAUGAUCACUAUGGGCAAAGGUCAGGCAUGGAUAAACGGUCAAAGCAUCGGGCGAUAUUGGCCUGCAAACACAGCAUCUGGCAGCUGUGGUGCCUGUAAUUACGCUGGUUGGUAUGAUGAGAAUAAAUGCCUGAGUAACUGUGGCGAAGCUACACAAAGAUGGUACCAUGUUCCUCGGUCUUUCCUGCAGCCGACUGGGAAUUUGCUAGUUAUAUUUGAAGAAUGGGGAGGAAACCCGUACGGGAUCUCGCUGGUGAAACGCGAAGUUGAGAGUGUGUGUGCAGAUAUAUAUGAGUGGCAACCACAGUUGAUGAACUGGAAGAUGCAAUCAUCUGGUGAAGUCAACAAACCACUCAGGCCUAAAGCUCACCUCUCCUGUGGUCCUGGUCAGAAGAUCUCCUCAAUCAAAUUUGCUAGCUUUGGAACUCCCCAGGGGGUUUGUGGAAGCUUCCGCCAGGGAAGCUGCCACGCAUUCCGCUCCUACGAUAUUUUUCACAAGUACUGCAUUGGAUGGAACUUUUGCACGGUGCCCGUAACACCCGAAGCCUUUGGAGGAGAUCCAUGCCCAAAUGUGAUGAAGAAACUGUCUGUUGAGGUUGUGUGCAGUUAGUUAAUUGCCCGGAGAUUCAAACAUUCAUUCAAACUCAUCAGACAUUCUUAUUGCAUCAAAGGAGAGGCCAUAAGUAUAUUUUCAUACUCUUAUCAUUCUUUUUAACUUGGCUAAGCAAACAAAUCAGUUUGCCUUGCCUCUAUACACACACAUACAUACACACAUACAUACCUGCAGAAAGAGAUUCUUUGAAUUGAUUGUUUGGACGCGCGCAUUGCCCGAAGGAGUCCAUAUGAAGAAAAAAAUGUAAUUACAAAGUUUUACUGUUUUCAGAAUUUCUGAAUACUCGGUGGAGCAUGCAGGUGUAAUGGAGCGUCGAGAUGUUGCCACCUCAUGAAGUGGUUGCAUCUUGAUGCUCCAUUGUGCUAGCUAGCGGGCUCACAAUGGAACACGCUAGAGAGACUUGUUUUUAGAAUUUCUGAUUUCUGUACUCAUGUAUUACCAACUUACCAUGUAUGUAUGUUAAUUAAUUAAUGCGUUGAAUUUCAAUUAUUAUUAUUAUCAUCGUCGUUGUCGGGGUUCUGAU